AUGACACGAAAGGAGCAGGGAAACGAGGCGGCAGACUAUGGUCGAAAUCGAAUGGAGGCAGAGCGGUGGAGAGGGAUUCAGAGUCAGAGAACAAAGGCGAGGUCGCGGAGUGGAGGCGGCGUCGGCAUCGGACAUGGAGAAGGGUUGGGACAUGCGUGGUUUCAUCCCACACCACUUCUGGACGCCAGUAUUGGUAUACCGUGA